AUGCCUAGUCAAAUGAAAACAUACUUGGAGCAUAAAUAUUCUCCGCUACUUCUCUUACUGGGUCUAACCGACCCCCACCCAGCCCUUCUCGCAGCCGAUGCAUUCUGCAUGGCUGUUUUCAUUGUGGAGCUGAUUGUGCAUUUUUGUGCCUGUCCCAGUAAAAGUCAGUACUUGAGGAGCAAGUUCAACGUAGCAAAAAUACUUCUCUGCAUCUGUAUGAUCACUGCUUCGGGACUCGAGAUGAAUAAAUCACAUAUGAUUGGAAAUAACGAACUGUUGAAAUUUUUCCUCAUCAUGAAGAGUAUCAGUGUUUUCAGACUGAUAUUCAUAUUUCGUUUGCGAAAAUUGUACAAAGACUUCGAUCUCCUUCUGCUGGCGAUCAGCCACAGUUUCUCGGAGCUUGUACUGCUGCUGUUCAGUUUCUCCAUCCUCGUGAUCGUCUAUGGAACAAUCAUGUUCUCCACUGAAUUAGAGACCGACACGUUCAAAAACCCACUGUACGCCAUGUGGUGGGCUCUUGUCACCAUGACGACAGUGGGUUACGGUGACUUCUAUCCGACGACAACGCUGAGCUACUUCGUUGGUGGUGUCUGCGCGGUGAAUGGACUGAUAGUGAUUGCACUUCCCAUAGCUGCCAUCGCUUCAAACUUCUCCUUGUUCUAUUCGAGAAAUGGCUUUUUAACAAAACAUAUGAAUGCUGUAAAGCAAGGUUGUGAGAAAUCAAACACGAGAAAUGGCGAUCUUACGAAGCCUUUGAAUGUUGUGAAGCAAGAUCACGAGAUAUCAAACAUGAGAAAUGGUGAUCUAACUAAACAUUUGAAUAGUGUGAAGCAAGGAAGCGAGAAACCAAACACGAAAAACGACAAUCUAACCAAACAUUUGAAUGCUGGGAAGCGAUGGCGUGAGCAAUCAAACACGAGAAAUGUAGAUUUAAUAAAACAUGUGAACACUGCGAAACCGGGUAAGGAGAAAUUAAAACCGAGAAAUGGCGAUGUGAUAAAAUAUGGAAUGAUGUUAAAGUGA